UGUUUGCUUUGCUGUGGUUGGUAAGUUCGUAUUGUAUAUCACAACUGCACACGUAUCUCCAUGAGUCUAAUUUUGCCUGACCAACCUUGAAACAAACCUUUAUGAAUUCCAAUAAGUUAUUGACAGCUAACACUGUAAACAUGCGUGAAAUUAAAUAGUUCACCGUAGUCCUGGCAACUAAAAACCUAUCGUCGAUUGUAAUUUUUUGAUUGUAAACACGUAACUGGAGAGAGAGAGAGCUAGCUAUCGUUUUUGGUUGAUUUUUUUUUUUUUUUUUUUAAUUCAAAAGUAUUCUUUCUUUAGGGUAGUCGGAACUCCCUUUCCGUUUCACAGUGCUGUAUUGAAAGUAGACCCUACUGCAAUGUGUACACGUACGGUAUUUCUCCAGCAGGUUUCCGUUUGUCCCAUGUAUGCAUUUAGUUACGUGGUGUUCGCUCCUUGUGUUUUGGUUUUGCCUUGCCCAUGAGGGUGCAUCUGGCCUGUGCUUCCAAUACCACCACCAGGCUGAGCUGAAGCACUACCUGCACUGGGUGAGCAAAACCUACCCGCACAUAACCCAUCUCUACUCCAUAGGGCAGUCCCGUGAAGCCAGUGGGCCGAGAGCUGCUUCUUCACUUAAUUGACCUGCUGGUGUCUCAAUACGGCAAAAUGAAGACCAUCACCAGCCUAGUCAACAACACCCGCAUUCACAUCCUGCCCAGCAUGAACCCUGAUGGCUUCGAGAUGUCUGUGCCAGGGGCGUGCAGUGGUGUGGAUGGGAGAUAUAACAAGAAUGGUGUGGAUCUUAACCGGAAUUUCCCAGACCUGUUCUCCAUUAACCAGGUCACCAUAGAGCCAGAGACAUUGGCGGUGAUGCGCUGGACAGACAUGGAGACCUUUGUCCUCUCAGCCAACCUGCACGGGGGUGCUGUUGUGGCAGCCUACCCCUAUGACAACAAUAUGUCUGGUAAAAGUAGAUACACAAAGUCCCCAGAUGAUGAUGUGUUUAGAUACUUGGCAAGCAUCUAUUCCAUCAACCACAGGAGGAUGUUUAAAGGCAACCAGUGUAAAAUGAGCUUCCCAGGAGGAGUGGUGAAUGGAGCUAGUUGGUACACCUUAAUAGGAAGCUUGCAGGACUAUGGUUACAUUUGGACCCACUGCUAUGAGCUGACCAUAGAGGUGUCCUGUUGCAAAUACCCCUCCGCAGAGCGGCUACAGUUCUAUUGGGCAGAGAACAAGAAGGCUCUGAUACAGUUCAUCACACACGUUCACCUGGGGGUAAAGGGUAGAGUCCUGGAUGACAAGCAAAACCCCAUUGCUAACACAUCUGUGCUGGUCAUGGGUAGAGAUGACGUGAUGCCAUACAAAACCAACCAGCUUGGGGAAUACUACAAGAUAUUAAAGCCAGGGAGCUACAUGUUUAGGGUUGAAUCUCCAGGUUAUGUACCUCUGAUGGUGAAUAUCCAUGUGAAGGACACCUCCCACAUGUGCUCUGAAAGGAACUCUGUAACACAUUGUUGAGCCAUUCCAUAAAAGUAAAGCUUGGCCUUGCUGCUAUGCCUUAUAAAAGUAAAGCUUGGGCUUGCUACUAUGCUUAUAAAAGUUUACCACUGUAGAUUUGCAUGGUAGUUUAGCAGUUUUCCCAUGCUUUUCCCAUGAUUUAGUAUGCCUUUAACAUGGAUUAAUAAGGAUUGCCAUGUUUUUUAAUAUGGCAUACCUCUCUAGGCUUUACGAUGCUUAUCUAUGCUGUACUGUGUUUUCAUUAAGCUUUAUUAUGCUUUGCCAUGCUUUUACUAUGGUAAACUUUAAUAAGGGAUAUAAUGAGCGUUUUGAUGGAGCCUAUCUUUACCUACAGCAUUAAGUACAGUUCAACAUGCCAUACUAGGAAAGAGAUGAAGGAGGUGGUUCAAGGGAGAUACAUUGCUGCUGUAUUACACUACAAUCUCCUCUUUGUUUAGAUGUAUCCACAAGGGGCAGUGUUGCAGGGGGCAGGUUAAUGGUUACGCUCUGGGGUACUAGAUGUACUUUUAGGUCUUAAUUCUGGGAGCUGUUGGGGCCACAGGGUGCUUUAAAUAGACACCAUGGACUAAAACAAAAUAAAAAAUAAAAAAGGCCUUGCAUACACACUUCUGUUUUCACAAGAUCAACAGCAUGAUUAGGAUUUAGCCAGAUCUCUCUGGAUAGCAGCCAAACAUGCUUAUAAAUUAAGAUAUCAUCUAAAACGGGUAUUUGCACAAUUUUUACUCGGUAGACAUUCAUACAUGCAACAAACUUUCUUAUGUUCUCAAGUCAUUAUAAGAUACUUAUCAACCCACUGUCAGAGUUUCUAGUAGUAAAAGCAGGGAUGACAUUCUCAAGAAAAAAAGUGCAGGUGUAAACAUUAAAAAAAUUGAGACAAUUUGUGCCAAUGAAUAAAUACUUUUAAAAUAUAUACAUUUCGGCACAUGAAACAUUUUGUAAUACAAAAUAAGCCUUUAAAAAACUGAUCAAAUACAAACAAUUCACCAUAAACAAAGAAGCAGAAAAUACUGAAAGCUUUGGACCCUCUGCAUGUAUCACUCAGUCAUGAAUCGUAAUAUAACACUGAAGUUAAACCUUCAAUGAUAUGUAUUAAGAAAUAUUAUACUAUGCAGUAACUGCUGUAGAGAGGGAGUUUUGUUUCAGAUAUCCUAAAAAAAGGAUGUUGGAAAAAAAAAGUUGAAUAAAAAAAAACUGCGCUGUACAAAAAUGAUACAAAAAGGUCCAAGUCAAACAAUGCACAUUGGUAAUAAAGUAUCAGGCACUACUCUUUAAAAACUGUUUACUUGACUUGACCAUUUUAAUCUCCAUAGUAUUCUCUGAAGUCAUCGCUAUACCUUCCAGACCCUGGGUACGCACCUACAACAGGACCUUGCCAUUCUACAAUGAUAGCCUUGGAUUAGAACACAUAUCCCUGUUAUUUAUUGUAUUUUACAUAUUAUUUAUCCUACAAUAAUAUAUUAUGUGUGCGCCUCUGUUGUGUUUAAGUGUAGAUUAAUUACCAUGCUCUAUUGUGUAUUUUUUUUUUUUUUGGUGUGUUUUUAAUCCCUGGUAAUUUGGUUCCUACACAAUAAACAAAUUUGGCAAAAAACACAUGUUCAUAAAGUAAUACUGUGGAAGGGCGAAAGCCCUAAUUGUUUAUUUAUGUGUGAAUACAGGGUUGGCAGG